CGGACGGGUACGCGCGAGGACUGCUGUACGGAGACGGCGGCAGCAGCCAAGGCAGCAGGGACGAGAAGGGCCCGCUGCUCGAGAGUGUGCCGCUGUGCCGCCCCAACAGGUGCCGAGGGAGUCUGUGGUACAGGCGCGGCGCAGCAUGGCGAUGGCCAGGGGCGCCAAGCACCACUACAUGAACUAUAUCGUGUCGUCGGAGCGAUGUGGCGAUCUGCAUGUCCACGUCCAGGGCGAAGUGAGUCAGCAAGAGAAGCGGGCGUGCUUCCUCACCGUGCACGACCUGGGCACAAACCAUCACUCGUUCCUGGACUUCGUCAACCAUCCGUGCAUGCAGGAAAUCAAGGACCGGUCCAUCUUCGUGCACGUGGAUAUGCCCGGCCACCACGACAAUGCCGACAACUUGCCUGACGG